AUGACUGUUUCCCUAGAAGCACCAGCAAAGGCACGGGUCGAUCCUGACCAAGUCGCACCAUCUCUCGUGACCAGCGACGUUCCACGAAUGCCGGCACCGGAACUGCCAGAGGUCGUCCAAAGUAAUACGGUAUUUCCACAAACUGCAGCAAGCAAACAUAAUGGCGUUUGCGACGACCCUUUUAAGCUUGACACUAAGUUUGCCUACACUCCACGGAAGAUCAAAGUUUUCACCAUUGGCGCUGGUUUCUCGGGGCUCCUCAUGGCCCAUAAGUUCCAGCACAGAUUUCCAGAGAUGCGAGACAUUGUUGAACACACCAUCUUUGAGACACACGGGGAAGUUGGUGGUACUUGGCUUGUCAACAACUAUCCUGGUGUGCAGUGCGAUGUUCCGGCGCACAUUUAUGCAUUUCCAUUUGAUCCUAACCCAGACUGGAGCCGGUUCUAUGCGAGUGGAGCUGAGAUCCUCGAAUACAUGAAAAACACAGUCAAAAAGUGGAAUCUUGACCGCGAUCUUCAGUUGAAUACCAAGGUCGUUGGCGCUGUAUGGCAAGAAGAGCUCGGGCAGUGGAAAGUUACGGUCGAACACCAAGGAGAACGGCGUGACGAGUUCUGCCACGUUCUGAUCUCUGCACAAGGUGUGCUGGUUCAUGAAUCCUGGCCUGACGUCCCCGGUCUACGAGAAUUCGAUGGUCACAUUACUCACUCUGCUCGUUGGGACCACGACUUCGACUAUUCCAAUAAAAGAAUCGCCGUCAUCGGAAACGGCUCUUCCGGCAUCCAGAUCGUUCCUCAGAUGGCCAAGCUACCUGGCUCUGACGUCAUGAACUUCAUUCGUGGUCCUGCUUGGGUAUACUAUCGUGCGCCUCCAUCCAAGCACCUUGGAAGGGACGACCCUGACCCCAACCCACGAUAUACCGACGAGGAGAGGAAACGCUUCCAUAACCCUGAGUACCACCUCGAGCAUAGGAAGGGAAUCAUUUCGCGCACUAAUAAAUCCUUCUAUAUCUUCAUGAAGGGCGAAAACAACAAAGAAGGCAUGGAAUUAGCAGCGGCUCAAAUGGCAGAAAAGCUAGGCCAUGACCCAGAUUUAUGUGAAAAGCUCAUACCAAAGUGGGAGUUAGGUUGCCGUCGCAUCACGCCUGGGCCUGGUUAUCUGGAGUCUUUUUUGAAACCAAACUGCAACAUCACCAACAGUGCUAUCACCAGCGUUUCAAAGAACGGUAUUCACACAGCCGAUGGAGAGUUUUACGAGUGUGACGUUAUUGUCUGCGCUACGGGAUUUGACGUUUCCCACCGUCCAAGAUACCCGAUCGUUGGGAAGCAGAAUAUCGAUCUUGCCACAAGAUGGGCAGAGGAUCCCGAUUCUUAUGUCUCAGUUGCUGUUCCAGACUAUCCCAACUAUUUCAUGAUGAUGGGACCUAACUGCCUAGGUGGCCAUGGGUCCUUGGUGGAGUCUCUGAAUUGGACAGGUGACUACUUCGUGAAAUGGGUGAAGAAGAUGGCUACAGAGGACAUUAAAUACGUUGAGCCCAAGCAGGAAGUUGUUGAUGCUUUCAUCAAGUACAGCGACCAAGUACAUAAGACACUUGUGUGGAGCGGCGGCUGUAAGAGCUGGUACAAAAGGAAUCGUGUCGAUGGUAGGGUCACAGCCCUGUUCGGCGGUAGUGCCCAUCUUUUCAACCGGAUGCUGAGCAACAUCCGCGGCGAGGAUUUCAAAAUUAACUACCGUACCUCAAAUCCUUUCAGGUUCAUGGGAAACGGAUUCACGGAGUGGGAGAUGGAUUCAAAGAGUGAUCUUUCAUGGUACGUGGAGAAGGCCGAGGUUUUGGACAACGCUUCAGUCUAG